CCAAAAAAAAGAAGAAGAAGACUAGUGUCCACACUGUCAAAACAAAAUUUUUAACCUUACUUUUUAAUUUUAUCAUCAACUUUAUACUUUAUUUUAUUUCGCUAAUAAUUUUUAUCUUGUCUUGAUAUGAAAAGAUACUCGUAGUUUUAGUUGUACUUGAAUAUACAUUACAUACAAACAUGUCUCUGAAAAAUGUGAAAUAUACCUUAAAUAAUGGAGCCAAUUUACACGCAGUAGGGUUUGGAACCUGGUUGUUAAAAGGAAAUGGUGUCUCAAAAGCUAUGGACAUGGCCCUAGAGGCUGGGUAUCGACUUUUUGAUACUGCUGCUAUGUACGACAAUGAAAAGGAAAUUGGGGAUGCCUUAAAAGAACUUUUGCCAAAACAUAACUUAAAGAGGGAGGAUGUAUUUAUAACUACAAAAUUAUAUCCAUCUGAUCAAGGAGAAAAAGCAUUUGAUGCAAUUAAAGAAUCAUUAAGAAAAUUAGAUAGUCAAUAUAUUGAUCUGUACCUAAUACAUUGGCCUGGAACAUAUGGAGUCAGUUCUAGAAGUAAGCAAAACGCCAUCCUCAGAGAUCAGAGCUGGCAACAGAUGGUGAAAGCUGUAAACAUGGGUUUGAUAAAAAAUAUUGGUGUUUCAAAUUACACAGUAAAGCAUUUGCAGGAGUUAUUGAAUAACAAUCAUGGUAUAAAGCCAGUUGUAAAUCAGGUGGAGUGGCAUCCGUAUUGUCAUCAAAAAGAACUGUACGAUUUUUGUAAAGUAGAAAGAAUUCAGUUGCAAGCUUACCAAUCACUUGGAGGUGAAGGCCAAGGUGCUCUUUUAAACAAUUCACAAAUUAAGAAGAUAGCAGAAAAGUUAGGAAAAACUACAGCACAGAUACUUCUUCGAUGGUCUAUACAGCAAGAGGUUGCCGUAAUACCCAAAUCAAAAACGAAGGAAAGAAUAAUAAGCAACAUGGAACUGGAUUUCAAUAUUCCAGAAGAAGACAUGAAAAUACUGUUUAGUUUUAGUCAACAAAAGUUCGAUUGGGAGCCCGAAACAAUCUUAUAAAUUGACAAUAUGAAAACUGAUUAAUUUAAGAUGAAUAUUUUUACUUGUAA